AUGCGAUUGCUCUCCAAGCCGAAAUGUAGUGAGAUGCGGCUGUCUCUCCAAGAAAAUCAGCAGAGAUAUGAUGCUGACUCUCCAAACCAACCAGCUGAGAGAUACGGCUCUCUCUCCAAGCCAAACAGUAAGGAGAUGUGGCUAUCACUCCAAGCCAAUCAGCGGCGGCUUUUUUCUCGAAGGCAAACACUUCAGAAGCCAAAACACCGAUCAGCAGAGAGAUUCGGAUGUCUCUCCAAGCCAGAGAGAUGCAGCUGUCUCUUCAAGCCAAACAGUAGGGAGAUGCGAUGGCUCUCCAAGCCAAUCAGCAGAGAGAUGUGGCUGUCUCUCCAAGAUAAUGGCAAAACAAGCCAAGCUAAAAAAGUAGGGGGGAGCAAAUACGACUAUCUCAAUCAGCUAAUCAACAGAGAGACGCGACUGUCUCUCUCUCCUCCAAGCAAUCAAACAGUGUCUCCAAGACAAUCAGGAUUGAUGCAGCUGUCUCUCAAGCCAAAACUAAUCAACAGAGAGACGCGACUGUCUCUCCAAGCCAAACAGUGGGGAGAUGUCUCUCCUACCCUAUGCCUCUCCAAGCCAAACAGCAGGGGAGAUGCUAUGCCUCUCCAUGCCAAACAGUAG